GUCUUUCAACGCCUUUUUAAACAGUGUGCAGGAUGAGCGUGGGGUUCAUCGGAGCGGGUCAGCUGGCCCAUGCGCUGGUGAAGGGCUUCACGGCGGCCGGGGUCAUCGCCACCCACAAAAUCACAGCCAGCUCCCCCGACACGGACCUCCCGACGGUGUCCGGGCUGAGGAAAAUGGGGGUGAAUUUUACCACCAGCAACAAAGAGACGGCCCACAAGAGCGACGUGCUGUUCCUGGCCGUGAAGCCCCACAUCAUCCCCUUCGUGCUGGACGAGAUCGGACCCGACAUCGAGGACCGCCACCUCAUCGUGUCCUGCGCCGCCGGCGUCACCAUCAGCUCCAUCGAGAAGAAGCUGCUGCAGCACCGGCCCGCCCCCCGGGUGAUGCGCUGCAUGACGAACACGCCGGUGGUGGUGCGGGAGGGGGCGACGGUGUACGCCACGGGCACCCACGCGGAGGUGGAGGAUGGCCGGCUGCUGGAGCAGCUGAUGGCCAGCGUGGGCUUCUGCACCGAGGUGGAGGAGGACCUGAUUGACGCCGUCACCGGCCUCAGCGGCAGCGGCCCCGCCUACGCGUUCACGGCGCUCGAUGCUCUUGCUGACGGCGGAGUGAAGAUGGGGUUGCCAAGGAGACUGGCAGUCAGGCUGGGAGCACAGGCUCUGCUGGGUGCGGCUAAAAUGCUGCUGGACUCGGAGCAGCACCCCGGCCAGCUGAAGGACAACGUGUGCUCACCAGGGGGCGCCACCAUCCACGCCCUGCACUUCCUGGAGAGCGGCGGCUUCCGCAGCCUGCUGAUCAACGCUGUGGAGGCGUCCUGCAUCCGGACCAGGGAACUGCAGUCCCUGGCCGACCAGGAGAAGAUCUCCCCGGCUGCCAUUAAGAAGACGACGCUGGACAAGGUGCUGCAGCAGCCCGGUGUGGAGGGGGCAGGGACAGGGGCCCGGGCUGGCAUCAGCCUGUUCAACAACAAGCACCCCGGGAUAAAGAAGAACUGAGACACACACACACACACACACAUCUGAACACACACUCUCUCACACACACCAGAACACACUC